CAGGCAAACUUUCCCAAUCUCCGUCGUCUCUUCAUCGAUGCCAGGACCGACCACGAAGAAAGAGAUGUCUCCCGGAAAGCUUUUUACAAUGCCGUGCUCUUCAUGGGCUCCGUCGCCGUGUUUAGCUUGAUCGCUCAAAGAAUGAACGCUGCCAAAUAA